AUGGCUGGAAAGUGUAAAGGAUAUUUCUUCUCUUUAUUCGACUACAAAACGGAAAAAUACAUUGUCGCCAAAAAUAAGAGCGUUGGGGUUUUGUACAGACUUAUUCAGUUAAGUCUCCUCGGUUACCUUAUAGGGUGGGUUUUUAUAAGCAAGAAAGGCUACCAGGAGACAGAUGAGGCCAUCCAGAGUUCUGUCAUAACUAAACUGAAGGGCGUCUCAGUGACAAACACCACAGAAUCAGGUCUGCUAAUGUGGGGGCCUGAGGACUAUGGCAUCCCACCACAGGGUGAAGAUGUUCUUUUUGUUGUAACCAAUUUCUUAGAGACGCCCAAUCAGAAGCUAGGAUACUGUCCGGAGAGUCCCAGCGUGCUGGAUGGACACUGUCUAGAGGAUGAGAAGUGUGAAGAAGGGAAGAUAGUGGCAGCUGGUAACGGAGUCAUGAGUGGUCGAUGCUUAAGAAAGGAUGAAAACACCACUGGUACCUGUGAAAUCUUCGCCUGGUGUCCCAUUGAAAGAAAAUUCAAACCACAAGGGGCCCUGCUGGCAAAUGCUGAAAACUUCACCAUCUACAUAAAGAAUUCCAUACAAUUUCCUAAAUUUAAAUUUUCAAAGUCCAACGUUUUGGAAACAACUGAUGAAUCCUAUUUGAAGAAAUGCCAAUACAAUGAAGAGCUGAACCCCUAUUGCCCCAUCUUUCGCCUGGGAGACAUCACUAGUCGAGCAGGACACAACUUCCAGGACAUGGCUACAUUUGGUGGCUCCAUUGGCAUAAUGAUACAGUGGGAUUGUGACAUUGACAAAGGCUACUCAAGUUGUCAUCCGCAGUACCACUUUACUCGCAUGGACAUCACCAACAAGACCAUCACAGUGGGAUUCAAUUUUAGGCACACUCGGUAUUAUAAAAAUGCUGCUGGUGAGACCUAUAGAUCUUUAUUCAAAGUCUACGGUGUCCAAUUCAGCAUCAUGGUCCAUGGAAAGGCUGGGAAGUUCAACAUCAUCCCCACAGCCAUCAAUAUAGGUUCAGGACUGGCUUUGAUGGGCGCUGGAGCUUUCCUCUGUGACAUCCUUCUCUACCUAAUGAAGAAGGGCACCUCUUAUCGAGAGAGGAAGUUUGAAGGAUCCAGAAAUAUGAAGUCUACAUCCAAUGAAAACAGUGUGGAAGACAAAAAGGACGCAGAGGAGUUGGAUGAUCUCACAUCUUAG